CCUAAUGAUCUCUAUUUAAAGAAGUGAAGAAGAAGAUAGUGUUUGCCUUGCCAGCUUCAAUCUUGAAUCAUGGCAACCACCCACCACCAACCUCUUCUAGACACUCCUAAGAAGAACCCAACUUUCUCCUGCAAAGCCCUCUUCUUGUUCCUCUCUGCAGCUGCUAUCAUCUGCCCAUCUGCUUUUGUAGCUUUCCAUGUGAUCAACAACAAAACAACCCCUUUUCUCUCUUUGCCUCCUCAAUUAUGUAGUCGAGUCCAUGGCCCAGCCUCAUGCCUCCAGAUCUUCUUGAACAACUCUGUUUCACGCAUAGCCGAAGCCAUUGAUGCGGCAAACCACAUCAGCCACCGGAGCAAUGAUGUCCGUGAGCAGGCGCCUCUGGCUGACUGUGUGGAGCUGAUGGACCUCUCCAUCGACCGUGUGAAGGAUUCCGCCGUCGCCAUCGGCGAUGGUUCAACUCGGUCGUCACUCGCCGACGCCCAUGCAUGGCUAAGCAGCGUACUCACCAACUAUGAGACCUGCUUGGAUGGGCUCAACAGUGGGCCGGCCCACUCAUCUAUGCAGGUCCAGCUCCAGGACUUGAUAGCCCGAGCAAGAACCUCCUUAGCCAUGUUCACUGCCAUCUCGCCGUCGGAUGAAGAGGCAUUCCGGCCAUUACACGGUGGGUUCCCAUCGUGGGUCACUAGUAUGGACCGUAAGCUACUGGAGUCUCUUCCAAAGGACAUCAACCCAAAUGCCGACGUUGUUGUAGCCAAGGAUGGAAGUGGGAACUAUAAGACUGUCCAAGAAGCGGUUGCAUCGGCGCCGGACAACGGGAAGACAAGGUACGUGAUCUAUGUGAAGAAAGGAACUUACAAGGAGAACGUUGAGGUUGGAAAGAAGAAGACGAACGUGAUGAUCGUUGGUGAUGGCAUGGAUUCCACCAUUAUCACAGGCAGCCUCAAUGUCGUUGAUGGAUCCACAACCUUCAAAUCUGCUACAGUUGCUGCUGUUGCUACAGGAUUCAUAGCACAAGACAUUUGGUUCAAGAACACAGCAGGAGCAGUGAAGCACCAAGCAGUGGCACUCCGGGUCGGAGCGGAUCAAUCAGUGAUAAACCGGUGCCGGAUAAGUGCAUACCAAGAUACCCUCUACGCCCACACCCUCCGUCAGUUCUACAGGGACUGUUACAUCACCGGAACCGUCGAUUUCAUCUUUGGCAAUGCAGCUGUGGUGUUCCAGAACUGUAAACUAGUUGCCCGAAAACCCAUGAGUGGGCAAAAAAAUAUGGUUACAGCCCAAGGCCGAACCGACCCGAACCAGAACACCGGGACUUCGAUCCAGAAUUGUCAGAUUCUACCCAGUUCUGAUCUUGCACCAUUGAAGAGCUCAUUCCCGACUUAUCUUGGACGUCCAUGGAAAGAGUAUUCAAGGACUGUGGUUAUGCAAUCAAGCAUUUCGGACCACAUUGAUCCACAAGGAUGGUUCCCAUGGGAUGGGGACUUUGCAUUGAAGACAUUGUAUUAUGGGGAGUACUCGAAUAGAGGAGCGGGUGCGGGUACCAGUAAACGGGUGAAAUGGCCCGGUUAUCACGUUAUCACCAAUGCCGCGGAAGCGAAGAAAUUCACGGUGGCGGAGUUGAUACAAGGUGGUGCAUGGUUGAAAUCAACUGGAGUGACCUAUACUGAGGGUCUCUGAUCUCCUUUUUCAUGUAUCGUAUCUGUAAUAAUUUCAGUUUAAUGAAUGGUUGUUCUAGACUUCUAGUGGAUAAGUUAAGAGUUGUUUAUCAAUAGUUUUAGUAAAGAAGAGGAAGGAUGAAAUAAAUGACCCCAUCCCCUUUAGCCUUAAGCUGCAAUAUAUGUUUUUGUGGAUGAGACUUGGAGAAGCAGAGUAGUGGAAGGAAGUCCUUGCCUCUA